CCCUUCCUCGUGUUCCCAUUAUCAUUAUCAGUCAUCAGUCAUCAGUCAUCAGUCAUCAGUCAUCAGUCAUCCAAUGUUUCCCAAUCUAACUGUAUGCCUUAAGGCUUAAGUUCUUUCUCCAUAGUGGAUGCCUCACAUCUAACUUUUUGACUUCCUUCUUUCUUAAUCUUCUUUUUACUUUAUUUUUUUUCUUUAACGAACUCGUACAGGGCUACAUGUCCUCAAACCUGAGGGUGAGAAAGAAAGUGGAGGCAGUUAAAAGAGCCCCUUUGGUAUCUAAUAACCAUAAAAAGGCAUAGGGAGAGAUUCUUCGUCUGUUGAAUCGGUAGCUUUACAAAUCAUUACCUAAUGGAAGGAUCUUCGAACGGAAGACUAGAGGAGACCCCGAAAGCAGAAGCACAUGAUGAAGAGAAGGAAGUUAUUUUGGACGAUUCUCCAGCGCCUAAACUAGACGUUGAAUUUGUUAGAGACAUUAUUCCUGAUGGGAACUUUAUGUCCAUCAAUAACACCCCUGAUACCGAGGAUUUCAGUUCAAGCAGCAGCAGUUCAGAUGAAGAGGCAGCGCCGGAGGAAAAGAGUCCUCGGGUGGAGAAGUCUGAGAAUUUUGAAGAGGAGAAGGUGGUUUCUGAUUCAGUGGUUGAGUCAGUUGAACUUGAACCAGAAUCCGUCGAGAAAUCAGGGGAUUCUGGUGUUGCUGAAUUAGAUUGCAAAGAAACAGAAGAGAACAUUCCACCAUCUUUGGACGAGACUAAUGCGGAUUCUCCAAUAUUAGCAGAUUUGCCAAUAAAUCACUCGAAUGAAGGAACAGAGCAGCUGUCCUCUGCUGAGACCACCGGGGAUUCUGCACUCUUAACAGAUGUGGAAUCAAAGGGAAUUGAUGAGAAAACAACGCUGCCAGGUUUGAAUGAGACUGAUGGCUCUGCGGUUGCAGUAGAUGCCGUGUGCAAGGGGAUUGAAGAAACAACAAUUUCUUGUUUGGAUGGGAAUGGUGGAGUUCCUGCAGCUGAAGCAGUCCAAGGAAUCACGGAAACCGAAAUUCCAGCUUCAGACGAGAGUGCUGGGGGAUCAUCAGGUUCCCCUGAUUUGGCAUCUAAGGAAAAUGUUGAAGAUUCGUUGCAGGCAGCAAACGUCCCUAUCGUAGAGACCAGAGAUGUUGGUGAACUAGUAAACAAGCCUGAGAUCCAUGAAAGCAUGGGAAAUAAGCCUAUCAUAUCUCUGAAUCAUCGUCCUGUGGAACCAACUUCUUGGAAGAGUUGCUGUGGACUUUUUGAAGUUCUGCGGCGCUCCAACAGAUAAAUUCAAGCUUGCAGCACAGGAUGUUAAGCAAUCAAUGAAAGUUCUCCUGGAAGAACAAAGAUAAGCACCAGCUUUCCAAAUCUGCAAAGGAUAUGUGAGAGUUCAGAAGCAAAGAAAAUAGCUGGAGUCGGAGGUUGGCUUAACUGGUGGAAGCCUUGUGGGGGGAGAGCUUUUACAGUGGCAUAGGAACGUUCCUUUUAUAGAUGCGCCAACCACUGAUACCUGGCCAUGUAUUUUAAGUUUUAUUAACCAAAACAAUGAAAAAGUAGCAGCCAUUAAAGUUAGUAAUAACCUCUAGUGAUAUCUAGAUAUUUCACUCAAUAUUGUGAAGUUGUGGAAUUACAAAACACAUUACCUUCCUCCUUGCCUCCUUGGACAAUGGUCAAUGGCUUCUUUGUUGUAGUUUUAUUGAUGCUAUGUGGGGGUAAGGUCUCGAAAAUGUGCCGCUGCCACUACCAGUUUUUAGGGUACUUGACUUGAAACUGCAUAAAUUAGCGAUUUAGCAGCACUGCUUCCUCCCUACACCUUUAGGUAAUGACUGUAAUAUAGGGUUAAUAUUUGGAGAAAAAAAGGCGAUUUGACACAAGGUUAGCAAUCAAGGCUUCAUCUUGAGUGUAGAUUUGACUGCAGUCCUGUUAAUAUUUGCCGGGAUAAGGCUCGUGCUUUCAUGAGUGGUGCUAUUGCUGAUGGAGACUGCAUGUUCCAUGGAGAUGAUGUUAAGGACAUUGGAAUAUGUUUUAUUUCAUCUGAUAAGUUGUGCCAGUAACUGGAGAAAUCGAAGGCCCUAUAAACGCCAAUAAAUUUGCAGCGUCUAUCCUUCUGAUGCAACACUAUUCUGGUGCUUCAUCAAUCACGAUAGUGAUCUCUUAGGCAAGUAUGACAUUGGAUCUCUAAGCUUGGGCAUCAUAGGAAGUAGAAAGAACCCCCAGCAUUGUUUGAGUCUAAUCAACUUGCCACUUCAACGCUUCUUCUAAAAGUCCGACAAACUUAGUUAUUUAAAGUAAUCCAAGCACUCUCCUCAGCUCAUGGUGGAUUCUGUUUUGUCUUUUUUG